GACUACGACCAGUUCUAAUAGCGAAUCGACGACUACAGACAUGGAAUAUACCCAGGAAACUAAUCCAACUAAUGUCGAGGCAACGCAGAGUCCUGGUUUUACCACUGAAGUUAUUGAUGCAGAUCAAACAACUCUCAUAGUUAACCCUGAUGCAACAACAUCAGAAAUUGUUACAAAACCACCUGUUUCAUCAACUAUGUCUACGGCAUCGUCUUCCAAUUCUGAUAAAGUUACAACACCUGAUAAUUCUCAAUCAAGUACAGUUAUUUUACAAACGACCUCAAAUGACGAUGUAACUCCUAAUGAAGAAACGACAUUCCAAACAAAGACGACAAGAGAAGAAGAGGAAUCAACGACAAAUGUCACACAGACAACAGAUGACGGUGAAGCAUCAACAGAAACUACUAUUUCUACAACGAACAACUCACAGUCGAGUACAGAUAAUUUGCAAACGACAACAAAUAGUGAUGUACUUAGUGAUCAAACGACAUUCCCAACAAAGACUACAAGUGAGGAACGUGAGUCUACAACAACCUCGCUGGCUACUGAUGAUAGUGAAACGUCAACGAUUACUACAAUAUCCAUAGAUACAUCCACAGAACUGUAUACUACAGCAAGAAAUACCGAAACCACAUCGGAGACUCCAAUAUGUCCACCGGGUGUGUUCGGAAAUGUUCCCCAUCCAACUCUAUGUGAUUCAUUUUACUUGUGUACAGGCGGAAUUCCAAUUCAAUUAUUCUGUAGUGAUGGAUUCGAAUUUGAUCCUGGAUUUGCACAUUGUGUUCCCAUUUCCGACAGUGGUUGCACAGCGUUAAAAGGUAUCACUACAACCUUUAAAUACGAUUCGACAACUAUGGAAGAAGUAUUUAAAACUGAUACGACAACGAUUCCUGAUAUAACAACUAAAGUAGUUGAUUUAGAACAAACUACUUAUCAAGACACUACAAAUCCAGAAGAUAUCACUGUACAAACAGAUUCAACGAAUUUUGAAUCAACUUCUGUAACUGAUUCUGAGAGUACAUCAGAAGGAAUUCACAAAUCAACUGAAGAUGUACUUACUACAAUGGUUUAUCCUCAAACAGUUGGUACGGACACAACACAAUCUGAAUCAACGAAUUUACCCACAUCAACAUCUCAAAAUAUUGAAACAACCUUUGAUUUAACAACUAGUAAAGAAACAACAUUAGACGUGACCACUAGUAGAGAAGUAGAGUCUACAACAGAUAAUUCUCCGACCACAGAGAAUAGUCAAACGGAUUCUACGAAAGUCACAGAUACGUCUACUGAAACUCCAUAUUCUACUGAUGGAAUAACCUCUGAAGGUCUAACAGUAACAAACGAAGAGGCUCUUACUACAGUAGCAAGUACAGAAACUACAACUCAGGCCGUUAUUUGUCCUCCUGGUGCGUUUGGAAAUGUUCCACAUCCAACACAGUGCGAUGCUUUCUACUUAUGUACAGGAGGACUUCCAAUUAAAUUGUACUGUAGUAAUGGAUUCGAAUUUGACUCUGCUGUUGGUAACUGCGUGCCGAUAUCGGAUAGUGGUUGUACUGCAAUGAAAGGAUCGUCUACAACUAUUCAUCCAUCUACAGUCGAUCAAGAAACAUCAACAAAUAAAUACUACACUACAUCAGAACUAUUUACAGAAACAACAUCACCUGAAUUAGAAACUUCCGAACAAACUACAACUAAAAUUCCAAGUACGACUGCAGAUGCUGAAACCACAAAUGAAAUUAAUCUAUCAACAAAGAUAACUACAAUUACUGAAGAAGUAACUACCAGUGAAGAAGAAAGUACAACAGUAAUUACUAAUACGACCCCUGCUAAUGCUGAAGAAAAUUCUUCAGAACCGACAUCUAGUGAUUCUGAAAUUGAUAGAUUAACAACAGAAAGUAUUGAUGCAACAGAAAGUAUUGAUGCAACAACUGUAGCUCCAAUUUGUCCUCCCGGUAAAUUUGGAAAUGUACCACAUCCAUAUCAAUGUGACUCAUUCUACAUGUGUGCUGGUGGUAUUGCAAUCCAAUUGUACUGUAGUACAGGAUUUGAAUUCGACAAAAAUGCAGAGCAAUGUGUUCCAAUAUCAGAAAACGGUUGUACGUCUCUAAAAGCGGGCACUACAACUAUAUCCGAGGAUAAAUCAGAAAAAUAUCCAACAACUAUAGCAGAAGAAGGAAAAUCUACAACAGAGCUAGAUGUAACUCUAAAUUCAACAACGGACAGUACUGUUGAAAUAGAAACGACUACGGAAGCGGUUUUAUGUCCGCCAGGUUAUUUUGGUAAUGUACCGCAUCCGACUCAAUGCAAUUCAUUCUACAUGUGCACUGGAGGUUUCCCCAUACUUUUGUACUGCAGUGCCGGUUUCGAAUUUGAUCCCAUUGUUGCACAAUGUGUCGCGAUAUCUGAUUAUGGAUGUACAGCAAGGGGACAAUAAAUAAAUAGAUAUGAACGAAACGAGGACGACAGUAUUAAAACAAAGGCUGUGUUUUAUUUAUUUUAUUCUAUAUCCGCCUUCUUUAUAUUUUUAUACACUAUGGCUAUAUAAAGCCAACUGGGAAAUGUGACGAGUUGCAAGUAGAAUGGACAAAGCAUUGAUAGUUAAGGAAUAAAGACCGUGUUGAAUAUUUGUUUGUUUUAAUUUCAUUGUAUCC